AUGGCGACCCUUGAUGACUUGAAAGUCGCCCAGUACUCUAUUGCGUUUGGCAUCUUACUGGACGGUGCAAGAGAGUCUACCUAUCAAUCCUUCAUCAUCCCUCAGCUCUCUCGUCUACUGGAAGCUGUGCAGAGACCAAACGUCCAAAUCUCAGUGUUGGAGAUUGGACCGGGGCCCCAGAGUGUCCUGGGACAGUUGCCUCUGCAAUUGAGACAGGGCAUCGGAAGGUAUACAGCAUUUGAGCCAAACCGUGUUUAUGCUUCGAUGCUGGAGAAAUGGCUCCUGACUACUUCGACAACGGAAGUGCCUUUCCCAUCGCUGGGCGAUUCACCCCGAAUCCAUGUCAAACCGUUCACAAACAAGCCCGAGGAAAACGAACAAGGCGAGGACAAGUUUGACAUUAUUCUCUUCUGCCACAGCAUGUAUGGCAUGAAGCCACGAAGCGAGUUUAUAACCCAAGCCCUGGGAAUGCUCAAUGAGAAGGUGGACAGCGGCAUGGUCAUCGUUUUUCACCGCGACACAAGCCUCGCCGUCGAUGGUUUGGUAUGCCGCCACACGGCUUCUUUCCCCUCUGGGAUCGUGUCUAUCCCAGAUGAAGACAAGCCUCUGGACCAUUUUGCCUGCUUGAUCGCAGGCGGCUUCACUCAGGAUGACGAGAAUACCCAGCUUGGAUGGCGACAAAUCUGCCGCACUUUGUGUAUGCGCGAUAAAGCACACCCCGGCCAUCUCUUGUUCAGAGACCCGGGAAUCAUGAUGGCAUUUACGCGCGAUGCAACGGCCUUGCCAGAGCUGACGGCACAAGUCCCCCUGGUUGUCGGGCGUCAAGUGAAGAACCGGCAAGCCCGCCGACAUCGAACGGCCUUUGUCGUUCGACCGACAGAGCCAUGCCAAGUUCAGAAAUGCGUGUACUGGGCUCUCAAGCACCGCACCACUCUCGCUGUCAUCGGCGGCAGUCACGGUGGACACUGCCUGCAGCCCAACGUCGUCUCCGUCGACAUGGCUGCUUUCAACAGCGUUGAGAUUGUCCGCAAGGAGAAGACCGGUCUCGGAGAAGACUUGGUUGUCGCAGGCGCUGGCUGCAAAACUGAGGAUAUUAUCAAAAAAGCCAUGACAGUGGGCCUGACAGUGCCAUUGGGGUCGUGCCCCAGCGUUGGUGCCGGACUCUGGCUCCAAGGCGGCAUUAAUCACCUGGCCAGGCUCCGCGGCCUCACCUGCGACGUUGUCGUCGGCGCGGUUAUGGUGAGCGUCAAGUCUGGUCGCUUUCUGCUCCUCGGCCAGGUGCCCAGUCAAUGCCAGCCGGACGGCGCCGUCCGACCAGACAACGAGGCCGACCUGCUGUGGGCGCUCAGAGGCGCAGGCACAAACUUUGGUAUAGUAAUCAGUGUCGUGUUCAGAGCCUCGGCAGCCAUGAACUAUUCUAUUUGGCAAUGGAACACGCUGUUCUUCCACACGCCAGAUGCCAGGCAACGACUCGCAGAUUUUGGCCCGGCCCUUGCAAACGAGCUGCCGAGGAACUCCUCUGCCGAUGUAUUUCUCUAUUACGACGCCGAUAGGCUAUGCAUCGCCGUGAGCCUGUCCAGGUGCUCCGAUGCUGCUCAAGGCAUUCAGCCAGUGACUGCUCCGCCGUUGGCUGCGACGGCCUUUCUGGGACCUGAGCAGUGCAGCAAAUCGGUUGAUGUUGUUGGGCUGUAUGACACUGAAAUGUACAUUUCCACCUUGCAUGGUGGUCACAGCGGAGGAAAGACCUCUUCGUUCAAGCGAUGCAUAUUCUUGCGUGAAAUUGGGGAGCUUGAUGUACCAGACCUUUUACUCACAGCCGUUGAGCAUCGGCCCUCACCACUCUGUUAUCUACAUCUGCUGCAUGCCGGCGGCGCGGCAGCUCAAGUCGCGGUGCAUGCCACUGCCUUUGGCUGUAGAAAUUGGACAUAUGCCUGCGUCAUCACAGGUGUCUGGCCUCGCGAUCAAGACGGAACUGCCACUGCUCGAGCGGCAGUCGACUGGGUGUACCAUGUUGCCAACAAGUUGCUACCCUUCAGCACCGGAGUGUAUGGUGCCGAUCUGGGCCCAGAUCCCAGAGAUGAAAGUCUAGCUGUCCACGCGUUUGGGCCAAACCGGCUGCGCCUCGCCUGUCUUAAACGAAGUCAAGAUCCGCUCAACGUGCUGGCAUAUACCUGUCCCCUUCUCAGCCAGGCACCAAAACACCGGCUCAUCAUCAUCACCACUGGCAAACACGGUGCUGGAAAGGACUACUGCAGCGAGUUGUGGGCUGGCACGAUCAUGAAACAGACGCCAGAAGGGCUCCAGGCGCGGGUGAUUAGCAUCAGCGACGCGACCAAGCAGGAGUAUGCCGCAGCGACGGGCGCCGAUCUGGCUCGUCUCCGGCACGACCGCGCGUACAAGGAAGAGCACCGGCUGGCGCUGACACGAUUCUUCCAAGACCAGCUGCUUCUGCAGCCCAGACUGCGGGAAGACCACUUUUUGCGCGCAGUGUACGAAGCGUCCGCCGACGUGGACGUGCUCAUCAUCACCGGGAUGCGAGACGAGGAUCCGGUCGCGCGCUUUUCCCAUCUGGUGCCGCACACGCGCCUGAUCGAAGUGCGCGUUACCGCCAGCCGUGAGACGCGGCAGGCCCGCCGCCAGCUCCUGGACGAGGACGCGGGUGACGGCGACGACGAUGCGGAGAGCAGCGCCUGGAUGCCCACCCUCCGCUUCCAGCACGAGGGCACCGGGGACGAGGCCGUGCAGCGCUUUGCGGAGCGCGUCCUUGUGCGCUUUGUGCAUGAGGACCUGCGGCGGCUGCAGGGCAUGGUCCGCGUGGUGCCCAACUUUCCGCGCGUGGGCAUGCAGUUCCGCCACGUGCUCGACAUUGUGCAGCAGCCGGGCGGGCUGGCGCUGUGCACGGCGCUGCUGCGAACCCAUUUCACGGGCGACUGGGCCGACAUUGACGCCAUUGCCUGCUGCGAGGCCGGCGGCUUCUUAUUCGCGCCGACGUUGGCUGCGGAAGUCGGCAAACCCGUGGCAGUCAUCCGCCAUGCGGGCAAGCUUCCUCCAACCACGCUCUCCAUUGUCAAAUCGACAUCGCAUAUCUCAUCGUCGCCGGUAAAGGACACGAAAGAGGCGAGAAUAGGCGCCGAUGACAGUGUCCUCUCCAAUUGCCGGUCGGUGGUGGUUGUGGACGAUGUUCUGGCAAGCGGCAACACGCUUUGUGACGUGCUUCGUCUCUUGGGCAAGGCAGGUAUUGCGCCCGAGUGUAUCAACGUCCUCGUCGUAGCCGAGUUUCCUUGUCAUCGUGGUCGGGAAAAACUGCGACAGCACGGAUUCGGAAGAGUCACCAUUAGUAGCCUGUUAAUCUACACAGGUGCAUGA